AAUGAACGAGAGAGGCUAAUAAAUAUCAGAGGAUCCCUCUACAAAAGAAUUAAACAACUUUGUGUAAACACUCCUUAAACAAAUGUAAGAUAGAUUUGAUGAAAUGUAAGGCACCAUCGUUUCUAGAAUUGAUGAUAUGGGUAAUCAAUAUGAAUCUAAUUAAUUUUAUUAGGAAAGCGAAUAGAUGACAUAGAGAAAAGUGUGACUGAACUAAUGAAUGAUCUAGGAUUCUCAGAUGAUGAAAAUGAAAAAGGAAAAUAGUUUUGAA